CAUCAUAAGCGUCACACUGCUCACAGCCUUCAGUUGUUUCUGUGACAACAGAAAGUGCACUCACUUGGAGUAGUCUGAAUUCAAAAUGCUGAAGAGAAAACCAUCCAAUGCCUCAGAGAAGGAGAAGCAUCAAAAACCAAAGCGCAGCAGCAGUUUUGGGAAUUUUGAUCGUUUUCGGAAUAAUUCCAUUUCAAAGCCAGAUGAUUCAACUGAGGUAUGUGAAGGAGAACCCAUAAAUGAAAAUGGAGAACAAAAUAAAACUUCAAAUAAUGGAGGAAGUUUAGGAAAAAGAAUGAGAGCUAUUUCCUGGACAAUGAAGAAAAAAGUGGGUAAAAAAUACAUCAAAGCCCUUUCUGAGGAAAAGGAUGAGGAAGAUGGAGAGGAUACCCUCCCAUACAGGAACAGUGACCCAGUGAUUGGAUGUCACACAGAGAAGAUCUCCCUCAAAGCCAGUGACUCCAUGGAUAGUCUCUACAGUGGGCAGAGUUCUUCAAGUGGAGUAACGAGCUGUUCAGAUGGUACAAGUAACCGGGAUAGCUUUCGACUUGAUGAUGAUGGCCCCUACUCUGGACCGUUCUGUGGCCGGGCCAGAGUACAUACUGAUUUUACACCAAGCCCCUAUGACACUGACUCCCUCAAAAUCAAGAAAGGAGACAUCAUAGACAUUAUCUGUAAAACACCAAUGGGGAUGUGGACAGGAAUGCUGAACAAUAAGGUGGGAAACUUCAAAUUUAUUUAUGUGGAUGUCAUCUCAGAAGAGGAAGCAGCCCCCAAGAAAAUAAAGGCACACCGAAGGAGUGGAAAGGAAAAACCCAAGACUCUGCAGGAAUUCUUACAGUGGAUUCACCUUCAGGAAUACACCUCAACACUGUUACUCAACGGUUAUGAGACCCUAGAAGAUUUAAAGGAUAUAAAUGAAAGUCAUCUCAUGGAAUUAAACAUUACAAACCCAGAAGACAGGAUGAGGUUACUAUCAGCUGCUGAAAACCUCCUUGAUGAAGAAACUAUUCAAGAGCAAGAAAAUGAAUCUGAGCCCCUAUCCUUAAGGCCAGACAUCUCCUUAAAUAAGUCACAGUUAGAUGACUGCCCGAGGGACUCUGGUUGUUAUAUCUCAUCAGAAAAUUCAGAUAAUGGCAAAGAAGAUCUGGAGUCUAAAAAUCUCUCUGACAUGGUACAGAAGAUUACUAUCAGAGAGACAAGUGACUGAAUGCACAUUCUCAACUUUAUAUCUACAGACACAUUCCACUUUAACUCUAUUUGAGCUAAAAGAUCAAAUAGGAGAAAAUGGGAAGUAUUUGUCAAUAUAACCUAAAGUUAAAAUAUUUUAAUCAGAAUGACUUUACACAAAUGUUCAUGUCUCCAACAUUCCCAAUUAUUGUAAAUAGUAUAUAUAUUUAUUAUUUUGAAUGCUACAUGUUGAUAUUUCAUUUGCCUGUAUUAGAAAAAGUACAGUGUAAGUCUUUGGUGUGUGUGAGAUAAGAUUUAUUCAUCUUUAUUUUAUAAGUGCAAAAUGAAAAAUUCUGCAGGAAAAAAAACUCCUUAUAUCAUCCCUGCCAGUUUUGAACUUAUGUACGUUAUUGAACAAAUAGUAAUGGAGCAUGUAUCUGUAUAACCAAUUGUCCAAGCAGGAGUCACACUCAUUUUUAUACUUUAUAGGAAAGUGUGAGUUGAUAUUGGAGACAUUUUCUCUUGAUCCACAGUGGAGUUUUAGUAAUUAUUUUUUCUUACUUUUUUCACUGUUAUCUGGUACAAAAGAAUUGUUAACAAGAUGUCAUCAAUUCUAUUUCAGUAAAGCUAAUUUUAAUAAUUGUA